CACCAUUUCACGACUGCUUUCCGGCUUUCCAAAGGCAAAGUCUGGCCUUUUCGCGGCCGUCCAAAGCAGGGUAGCCUCGGCGUGGACACGGCCGUUUCAUAGGCUGGGCAGACGUCCUGGAAGCCAGAAUCGGAGGCCGCCGAAAGCGAGAGAGGUCUCCGGGGUUAAUGGCGGCUUCCAGAGCAGAGAGGUCGAUUCUUGAGACCCCACCGGGCGGGAAGGCAGGAAGGGGCUGGAAUCCUCCCCGGCGGGGACUCCCUUGUGCUUACGCCGCCGGGGCUCCCACCGAAACCUGCCCAGAGGAGUCGCGGGCCGGAGGGACAUUCCCCGAGAAGGGGGUGUCCGCGGGGAAUGCCCAGAAGAAGCGAAAGGGACUGGCGGCGGGGCCACCGCAGCAGCACCGCCUCCUUGGGUCCCUCCGGCUCCGUCAUUCUCCGCUGGCCGCCCCGACGGGACGUAACGGGCGAUGCUGCCGCUACUCCUGCUGCCCGCGGCGCUGUUUUUUGUGCGCUGCCACCGGGGGCACGGAACAGAGAUCCUCCCAGCACCGGCAAACGUCCGGUUCCUUGCCAAGACCUUCCUCCACGUCCUGCACUGGGAGCCGGGAGCCGGGCUGGACCCCUCCGAGGAGCUCCUCUACGAGGUCCAGUACCAGCGGUAUGGCAACGGUACGUGGACCUCUGCCCCGAACUGCACGCGGAUCUCCGGGCCCCCCUGCGACCUCUCCUUGCAGACGAGUCAGCCCAAGGAGCACUACUUUGCCCGCGUCCGGGCCGUGGCCGGGGAAAGGGCUUCCAACUGGACCCUGACCCCCCGCUUCGUGCCACAGGAAGCAACUCUGCAUGUGGCCAACCUGAGCCUCUCCGUCCGCGGCAACACCAUCCGUGUCUCGGUCCAGCCUCCCAGCAGCCAGCGAGCCAACCUCUCCAUCGAAGACCUCUACCCCCAGCGGUGGGAGUACCACGCCCAUGUCCGGUUGCCCAACAAUAGCCAGUUUCUCCACAUUGGGACCAGCCUGGCGUUUGAUCUCCCUCCACUACCGUGGGGCCAACGCUACUGUGUCUGGGUGAAACCCGAGGUUGCCUCCUGGCCCCUUCAUACCAAGCCCACUGAAGAGCAGUGUGUCUCCAUCCCUGAUCUGCAAGAGGAGGAAGGGCAUGCGGUUGCCACCCCCAGUUUGAGUCUCCUGGGCCUGGUUGCUCUUGGUGCCCUGGCAUUUGGCAUCCACUUGGCUUGGGCCUACGUGAAGAAGCCCGUGGAGCCUCCCGGGAUGCUGACGUCUCUGCCGAACCGUCAUUCCUGUGAGGGGCCCAAGGAGGAGAGCCUACCGAGGCUGCCAGGGUUAAAAGAUGUUGUCCUAAAAUUGGAGAGGGACCCCAUCCAGCCCCUUUGCUUCCUGCGUCUGGAGGACCUCCAGCUCUACGCUGCAAGGGAGGACAGGCACAAGGACCUGGAGGCAGUACCUGCACCGCUGGGGAAAGGCAGCUGGCGGCCAGCCUGGGUGGCCGAAGGUCCCGCGCUCCAGAGGAGCAUCCUAGACACCAGCAGUGGCAGCAUUGACAGCGGCAUCUGCCUGCAGGACCCUCCCGACCACCUUCGCCUUCUGGGCUCUGGGAAGCUGUCCUUGGAAAGCCACAAGGGGGAAAAUAACUUACAGGGGGAUGCGGGUGGCCUUUGGGUGGAGGAGCAACUCCUGCAGGUAGUUUCAAAAGCUGAGGAAAGGCUCCCUGCUGGAGACCCAGCCCAGACUUGGCUCUCCAGGUCCCAGAGCCAGUCGGGAGCUGCUCUGGAAGGGGACGACGGCUCUACCAUUUCCUCCAGCCUAGAGGGAGCAGCCGGUUCUGAGCCGGGCAUGGGGGUGAAUGGCUAUUUGAAGCAGGCCUCCCUGGAUAUCCCCUCCACCCACAGGACGUUGGCCUCAACUAGGGACUUGAUUGACACAACAAACAUGUGUCCUUCCUGGCCAGCCUGACCUCCUGCACUCUCCUGGGUUUGGGCUGUUUUUGGAAGGGGAUUCAGCCAGCCCUCCUCUGUCUGCCUCCUCCCCCUUGCAUGCCAGCACGCGGCUAAGCCCUGACCUCACCGCCCUCGUGUGAGCCUUUAGCGCUGGUUGGGGCAAGAGGACUGCCCCCUAUCCCUGUCGAGAAAGCUUCAGGCCUGGGAGGGAGUGGCCUGCACAGGGGGCUGGUCACCAAUAAAGUCAACCAGCACCCUGGCCUUA